UCAAUGUUUAUUAGUUGUGCGAUGCGCAUAACCUAUAAGAAACAGUGUUUUCAUCACAUGUGGUUUAUUGCAUCGGGAUUCAAUCUGAUUUAAUUGCGACAAUGGCAGGACCACCAAAGAAAAAGGCACUCCAGGAGAACGACGAGAAUGUUGCCUCAUCUGAUGACGACAGUGGAUCAGAGGAAUACACUGGACAACAAGAAAUCCAGGCUGAUUUUGAGGGAAGGAAUCCAGAAGGAGAAGAUUUCCAUGGUAUUAAGAAGUUGCUGCAGCAGUUGUUCCUAAAAGCACACAUUGAUUUAUCUCAGAUGAGUGAUAUGCUCAUUGCUCAAGCUGGUAUCGGGAGCGUUUUGAAGCAAAGCUUCUGUGAUGAUGAUGAAGACGAUGAGGAUGAUGAAAUGAAUGGAGGCGCUUUAGAGGUGUUUGGUAUCACAUCAAUUAUAAAUAUGUAUAAACACAAGGAAUCAACUUGUGUAAAACAAAUGAAUACUGUGGUUAUUAGUCAGGCAAUGCAGCAUUCUGAUAAAAAUACGCAGGAUCAAGUUAAGGAAAUUAUGGCUAACUCGAAGGUCGGUUUUCUCGUGAACGAGAGGUUCUUGAAUAUUCCUCCCAAGAUAUCGGAUCCUUUGCUUACUUCGUUAAUGGCAGAAUUGGAUCGGUAUAAGAGGAAGGAUGAUUCUUACGAUUUUGACUAUUUCUUGGUGGUGUGCAAGAUGCAUAAACCGAAGGGAGGAGGCGAUGAUUUCGUUUAUGCAAACGCCGAAGAAGAAAUAUUCGUAAACGAGGCCAGUAUUCAAUUCGAGUUCAGCGUGGAGAACGAGUCGGAUACUUCGGUUGCUGGAAAAUGGAAGGAGGACGAUGUUGAAAUGAUUCCCUACAGAAAGGUCGUCCUGUUCAAGGGCAGUAAAUUCAUGAAUAUUGUUCAACAAAUUAAGCAAUUUGUUAAUUAAAGUUUAUUUAGUAUGA